AGAUUUUUAGUUGGGAAAAUAUCCUUUUGUGACUGAAGAUCGUUGAGGCAGGAAACUCGUUGGUCUUUCAAAGAAAUUUUGUUCUCUCGAGUUUCGGAAAUGUGAAACAUGAUCUUCAUGAGAGUUUCCAUGCUAAAUAAAUUUUUAGAUUUUUUAAUAUCUAUUGAUUUACACAUUCUUACUUCAACUUUUGUAGUUCUGUAAGUAAGGAUUUUUUUUUUCAUAAUGCAACGCGAUGGCCUCCGGGUUUAUUUUUACCAAUAUAUUGAUAUCAACUAAACAUAGCCUUAGAUAGUUAAAAGUGACCAUUCUGUUCACUGUUGGUGAUAAAUGCCAUUCUUUUCUCUUACUUAUAGAGAGUUAAGAGUGACCAUUCUGUUCACUCUUGGUGAUAAAUGCCAUUCUUUUCUCUUACUUUAGUUUGACAAGGUUGGGAGGACUGUUGGAGAGUUCAAGUUGAGGAUCAUUUAUGUACCUCCCUCACCCUCUGCUGAAAUAUCGAAGGAAAUAUCUCGACUGGCACUCAUGAUAAAGAACACAAAGGAUGGAUCUCAAUUUGGUGAGAAAAGAAACAAACAUGGUCCAUUAGCAUCUCUAACUGCUCCUGCUAAAGAGCAGUGUCAUAAGGGAUCAAUAUAUUGUCUGAAGGAUAAAAAUCGCAUACAGGAAAUUGAAAAGGUUGAAGAUUGCUUCAUAUUAGAGUUUGAUCCUUACGAAACAUUUGAUCUUUCUUCACUCUCCAAAUGCUUAGAUCAAGUUGAAGAUGCUCCUGAUGUUGCUGUUGUAGCCGAAAAAGGCCAGGUAGCUUGUAGGGAUUACAUACAUCCAAGGCCCCUCUGUGCUCUCCACCCUUUUAACAAGACAUCCCAUGAAAUUCACUGCAAAAGGUGCUAUUGCUGUGUUUGUGAUGAACCUGCGCCUUGCGAAAGAUGGACUAAAAUAAGCGCCCUGUAUUAUCCCUUGAAGCACUGUGAUAUUACUUAUGAGGACAUUAAACUUCGUAGGCAAAGGCAAUAAUUUCGGAGAGACAAACCAAGAGGCAGUCGCAGAUGGAAGUAUGAAGGCCGUUACAGAGCUGAAGAAUUGUUAAUACUGAACAACAAGCUGAAGAAGUGCUGAAAUUUUUAACUACUCCAAAGUAUGAGGUGCUUCAUGGCAUUAGAUUUUGUUGUUUAGAUUAAGAAAGCAUCUUAUAUGCUGAAAUCAAUAUGGAAGUAGCAUUUAUCCGUUGUAGCAAAAAGCUGUUGGCAACGGUGACUAGUUUUGUUUCUUA